AUGGAACGUAGUGGUUUGGUUCUCAAAUUCGUUGCCAUGCUUCUUCUAGCCAUGGCCACCAAACCAACACACUGCAAAUACUACUCCAAAACAAUCCCCAACAUCCAACAUAAAGAGAAGGUGACGCACCUCCACUUCUACUUCUUUAACUUCUUCAGCGGCACCAAACCCAGCGCGGUAGAAAUAGCACGUCCAGAGCUCACCAGAAACGUCACGUCACCGACGCCCUUCGGCAGCCUCAUUGCAAGCGAUGACCCUCUAAGGGAAGGCACAGAGACCAACUCAACGGUGAUAGGGAAUGCUAGGGGGAUGUACUUGUCGUCGAGCCAAGACGCAAGUCAUAUGACUUUAAUCAUGUACGUUGAUUUUGGUUUUACAAGAGGUAAGUUUAACGGCAGCUCUUUUGCGGUGUUUUCGAGGAAUCCCAUAUGGGAGACGACGCCGCGUGAGGUGGCAGUGGUUGGCGGGAGAGGGAAGUUUAGGUUGGCUAGAGGGUUUGCUAAGCUUAGGACUCAUUACUUAAAUGUUAGUAAUGGUGAUGCCAUUGUCGAGUAUAGAGUGACUCUCUUCCAUUACUAA